CCACCACUAUGAUUAUUACUUCUAUUGCAUCAAAUAUUAGGAAUUAUUAUUACAAUCAUUUUAUUUAAUGUUACCGGAAGAGCAGUAAAACAACAACAUGGAAAAAUAAACAUGGAUCAAUUUACUUACACGUGUAUUACCUGUCUAUGAAUGACAGAGUAUUUUAUAAACCAGUAAACGACAGCUGUAACAGUUAACAUAAGCGAAAUCCUAAAUCUUCUUAUCUAUAUAUUGAAUUUUCAUUUAUGAUCAAUGUAAUUAUAUUUCCAAUUCAAUCUAAUUAUAAUAAGCAAAAACUUCAUUCAUGCAUGGAAUUAAUAUAUUAAUAUCUUAAUCAUUUUAUUCUAAUUAUUUCGAAAAAGAGAAAAGCACUAUACAAUCCAAAAUCAAACUUAUGUCCUGUGGAUCCUUCUAAAAAAAGAGAAAAAAAGACCAUUACUACUUUUGUCAAAUAGAGAAAGAUCAUAUUUUCAAAAAACAGAAAGAAAGAAAAAAAAAGGAAAAAAAAACAUGAUUUGAAUGUCUUAUAACUUAUCAAUAACCAUGACAACAAAUCAUAUAAGUAAUCAAAGUGAAGAAUAAAAAUAUUUUUUUUACAAAAAAAUUCUUUUUAAGAUCAACUGAAAUUUAAUGGCUAAAUGUUUGUCAAUUUUCUACAAAAUAACCUUUCGUUGUGAUGAUAAUAAUAAGAAUAAAAAUAAUCAUAAAUGGAUUAGACAUGAAAAAAGAACAAUAAACUUAUUCAUAAACAAGAAAGACAUCAUUUACUUAAUAGAAUGUUUAAGUUGGUAUUUAUUCAGUGUUAUUAUUUAUCUCAGUGGUCUGUAUCUAUCUCCAUCUAUUCAUUUUAUUGUGAUUAUUAUUUUAAUUGUUCUUAUUGUUAUCAAUAUUUUAUUGAUUAUUUUCAAAUAGAAAUUGUUCAGAAUUUAAAAUUAAAUAUAAACAUAUUUUACUAUCAAAUCAAUAAUUACUACAAUCAUAAUUCAUUCAUAAUUGAAUCUAUAAAACAACAAUUGCAAAGUAUUUUUAAUCAAUCAAAGAAUUAUUGGAAGUUUAAAAAUUGUACGUACAAAUUUCUUAAAUUAUUGAAUAUUGGAAAUAGAAAUAUCAAUAUAAUCGAUCAAUUAUCAUUGAAUAACAAUCUUCAUAACAUUGUUAAAUAUAGUAAUAUUUUCUUGAUAGAUCAAAUAAUACAAUAUAAUACAAGUAAGUUUAUUAUAUAUAAUCAGCUCCAUUUGGAGCAUCAGAUGGCUGAAGAAUCUGUAGACAGUGGAAUUUCAAGCGAACUAUACACUAUAAAAUCUGAUCAAACCUCUUGUAACUUAAAUAUUGAGUUACAACAAUUAGAGGAGAAUAAAAAUAUUCACAAUUUAGCAUUAGUUCAAUCAGUGGACGAUUUUAUUCAUAAUCCUUAUCAUAAUCAAUUCUAUAUAGAAUGUACCAAAACAAACAGUCAUGUAGGAUUAUUUCAAAAUGCACUUUAUAAAAAUUCAAACUUAGAUUAUGAUCGUUUCUUACAUUCUGUUGAUCAAAAUUAUACAAUUAAUAAUCCUAAAUUAAAUAAAAAGCAAAUAUUAAGUAAAUUAAAAAAAAUCAAUACUAGUUCAUUUGAUUCUGCCUUUGAAACAAGCUCUGAAUCGACAUUAUCACUUGUAUCAAAUUUAUCUGGAUCUUAUCAAAAAUUAAAUUGUUCAAUAAAACCUAAAUAUUCUUCAAAUUUCAAUAAUUUUAAUAACUUCAUUGGACAAGUGAAUAAAAAUAUGACAGAAGAUCCUAAUAAAUCAAUUAUUCAAGAUUUUUAUACAUGUGAUAAACAAACAAAUAGAUAUAAUAUGAAUGAAGGUAAAACUUUAAAUCCUCGUGUACAUUUUGUCCCAGAAGAAGGAGUAAAUACAUCUAAUUUACCUGGACCAAGUCGACCAACUUCAGAUUAUACUUUAGAUUCAACAGGGAAUAUAAGUGAUCAAAACAAAAUGUUAUCUCAUUUACUUUCAUCACGUGAUUAUGUGUAUAUGCCAACUAAUCGUAUUGCAACAAGUGGUACAUGUAACAUUCGUGGUGGACAAGUUUUAUCUAACUGGCAACGUCAACAACAACCGAAUCGGCAACAAGCUCACCUUUAUGAUGCACAUCCUGAAAGUUUGAUUCAUAAUUUAAAUCAAUUGACUGACAACAGAAGUAGAAAUACACCUUAUUUUCUACAACAACAACAGCAACAACAACAAACAAGUCAAAAUCGCAUUCAGGGUGACCAAAUAUACGAUCCUGGAAAGAUAUCAAAUCAAUCACAGCAAACACGACUUCAAAACCAACCAAAUCAACAGCAAGCAAAUUAUCAACAGUUAAUUUCAGCAUUAUUAGCCGCUGCUUCUGCUAGUAAAUCUCGACUAGAGUCGCAGUCAUCACAAACUUCUAAUCUUUCACCCAUGGGUAUAGAUACAGUACUAAACCAACAGAAAUUUAACACAUCUAAUCGUUGGUCUGAUUCUGAACUAGCAAUUAAUAAUGCUAAAGACAUACAAUAUCAAGUUCAAACGCAACAGAUUAGACAACAACAGCAACAACAAGCAACGGCAGCUGCGGCAGCAGCAGCAGCAGCGGCUGCCGCGAUGGCUGCACUGCAAUGUUCUGCUAAAUCUUCAGCUAAUAUUCCAUUAAACAUGCAAAGACAAGUUCCUUUUCUGUUUGGGAGUGGUAGCAGUAGUAAUACGAUUCAAAGAAAUCCAGCACAAUUACGUUCAUCUUAUUCAUCAGGAGAUGAAUCAUCAACAAUGCGAAUUAUGAAUCCAGCAUCAUUAGUCACACCAAUGCAAACAUUACGCAGAUUUUGUACCCCUGAUAUGAAUAUAAAUGAAUCAAAUCUAUCUCAGACUUUAUUAUUACCUCAACAACCGUUGAGUACAAUGUCUGAAAGUGUCCCACUUUCUGAACAAAACAAUAAAUUACAACGAGCAACUCAACAGUUGAUCACACAAUUAAAUAAAUUUCAAGAUUUAUCUGUUUCUGGAGAUGAUUAUGCAAAUUAUCAAUGUUUAGAAUCUUUAUUAGGACAAGCUUCUAGGCAGCCACUAGCACCAGCUCCUUCAGUUCAAAUGGAAAAUGUUCUUUGUACAGAUCCUUCUGGAACCAGAUCAUCUUUUCCAAAUGAAUCCCUGUAUAUGUCUUCUAAACUUCCUGCCCAAAUUCUUGGAAAUACUCGAACUUCUAUUGCACCAACUAGUCUUUCUGGUCAAGCUGAAUUCGAAACGGCUUAUUCAAAUUUAGAUUCACAUUCUUUUGGAACGUCAAAAACGUUAUCAGAUCGCUUUGGAGAUUUUCUAACUUUACCAAGUGAAAGAUGUUUAUCGACCUCUCAGGCUCCAAGUCAUCCUUCACAAUCUUCUACAUACGAUUGGGAUAAUUCGAAUACUCCGUCUAGAACAGUGAAUUUGCAAAAUGUUGAUCGUAUCCCAAAAUCUGGUAACCUUAAUGGAUUAUUCAUUUUGCAUGUUAUUGCAGGCAAAGGUUUAAAUUCUACACACAUUAUUGUCAGAGAUCUUUACUGUGUCAUCGAAAUGGACUCUGUACGUAAGGCGCGUUCCAUGAUACGUACUAGUACAAGUUAUUUUGAAUGGAAUGAGGUAUUUGAACUUGAUAUGGAAGAUAAUAGAUUUUUAGCUGUCUUACUUUAUCAGUGGGACCCACGUACCAAGCAUCGUUUAUGCUUUUAUGGCGGAAUUGAUUUGAAAAAUUUGCUUGGUAAAUUAACAUCAAGUAAUAUAGCAUCAACAUCCCAUACUUCAACAAGUGAACUUAUUCUCAGCCCUUCUGUAUCAAUUUCACCCAAAAAUGUUUAUAAAAUUGCCCUACAGCUUGAACCAAGAGGUGUAUUAUACCUGGAACUUGCACAUAUACCAUUGGAAAAAUUAUUUCAUCGUAAUCAACAUUUGUUAAGCACAAGUGCGUUGAGCUCAACUAGUGCUGAUCGAUUGUUAUUUGGUGUAUCGAUCGAUGAAUUGAUUGAGCGUGAACGUGUUAUAUGCCAAAUUACUGAAUUGUAUUCCCCAAAACAAUUAGUUUAUCAAAAUACAUCUGAUUACAUGUUUAUACCAUUAUUUAUUAAGAAAUGUGUUGAAGAAAUUGACAAACGUGGAUCAGACGUUGUUGGUGUUUAUCGUUUAGCUGGUUCUGUAUGGAUGAAAUUACAAGUACGUGAAUUAUUUAAUCGCGUUACAAAGUCUACACUGAAAGCUAUAGUUCAUGAAGAUGCUAAAGCUAUUAGGGAUAUUAUACAAUUAGUGGAUUUAUCAGCCCAGCGUAUUCCAGAUAUUCAUGCUAUUACUGCUGUAUUUAAAGAUUUUCUACGAGAAUUACCAGAACCCUUAUUCACCAGUGCAUUAUAUCCAAUGUUUUAUGAUGCCAUGCAAAUAGCAUUGCCUGGAUUUACACAAAGUGGUGCAAAACUUGUACUGAAUAUUUUAGACUGCCUACCAGCAAAUAAUCAGGAAAUCCUUUUGUAUCUCUUGGAUCAUUUUAAACGAUUGACAAAUAAUUGUGAAGUGAAUAAAAUGGAUACACAAAAUCUAGCAACUUGUCUUGCUCCUAUCCUAUUCUAUCCUUCACCAAGUUCUGCAAGGAAUCUUGAUCCAAAUAUCUUAGAACCUAGAAAAAUGGCCGAAAUAUUUAAAUUUAUUUUAGAAAUCUGGCCAGAUGACCGUUCAAAGUCGUAUAAAUUUAAUCCUGCAGAAUCUUGGACUUCACCCUAUUCUUCAAAUCCUCCACUGCCAGAAGAUCAACACCCAACUGGAUUUCACCCCCAGCAACAACAACAUCAUCAUCAUCCUAAGCAUCGAUACGAUCAAUCCAGUCAUCGAGCAUCAAGUGCCAUUAGAUCGACAAUAUCCGGACCAGCUGGAACUGGACUGGGCUAUCGAUCCCCACACACGGUACAAAGAUCUAGCAUUCUAGCCAGUAAGGCCGAAUCAGAUAAAUCAGAUUAUGCAGGAAUAGGUAGAAGUGGAACUGUGAAAUACGGAAAUGGAUCUAAUGGUUCAUCAAGACAAGCAGUUGGUCAAGAAGGACAUCGGAGAACUAGUAGAGAUCCUCGACAAACUGUCAGUUUCGGUAAUGCAAAAACUAUACGAACACAUUCAGCUCAAAGAAAGACGUUAUCUCAAACAGAUAUAACUUUGGGUAGCGCCAGAGAGUAUACAGUAGGCUUUGAUUUUCGAGACCAACAGGUGAUGCUUCCAAGUGAUGAAUCAAACAUGCGUGUACAUUCACGUUUUCAAGAUAUACCAACAACCGGAUCUACCGGAACAGAUAGUGGAACACGCUCAAGCUUAUCAGUUGGUUCAAGACAACCCUGUCCUCCAUCACAUGCUAGCUCAUCAGUUGAUAGAAGUGAGCUCAACAGAAGCUCUAGCCAGGAACGUCAGAAUUACGGGCGAACUCAAAGAUUCUCUAGACGUUCACAUCCUUUUAGUUAACCUUUCCCCAUUCCAGUAAUAUUCAAAAACAUGUUUGAAUUAAAUCUCAGUUAAGACGAAACAUGCCACCCCUUGACUAUUUUCAUAUAACUCAAAUCCCUCCAAUCAAUAAAGAACCUCAAAUAUUGAGAAACUUAAUCUACAUUUUAUUGGAAUGUAAUAUCUCUUCCCCUCAGAAGAUGUACACAAAAUGUAUUCAGUUAAAUUUUGUUGAUCCCGCAAAUAUUCCUUCCUAACUUUUCCUUUUUAAGUAACUAAAUAUAUAUAAAAGUAAUAAUGCUGAACAAGGAGUUAGAUUAACUAAACUAAACUGGUAUGUCCAAACUAAAAUCGAUAAAGGACAAGUGCAUUUAUUGAUUUCGUAAAUAAUCUUAAUACUAUAAUCGUGAAAUAUUGUCAAAAAUUAUUUUUAUUACUUCGCCGUCAUGAUACUAUUAUCAUCUUCUCAUACUAAAUCCUGUUCUCUUACUACCUAUUACAUUAAAUCAUCUUCAUUUUUUACUCACCAAUAAAAUUCUAUUGUUUAUAAAAAUGUAGAGAAUACGUACAUCCCUUCUCUGUCAAUGGUUAUAUGUCUUUUUAGUCUUUGUUAAAUUUCCAGUACACUUCUAUGACAUGUUUCCUAAUCAUUGUUUGUUUCUAUUGUUACUUGAUUUGGCUUUAAUUCUUCAAAAGUAAGUAUCAUGUUAAUGUGAAUAUGAAAUACAACUACCCAAAUGGAAAAUUAACACUUAGAAUUUCUGUUUAAGAGAAG